AUACUAUUACUAUCUACUUAAAAUAAAAACGUUUUUUCAUGUUUAUAAAAAUGGAGAUAAAAAAUAUAAAAGUGGAAGAUAUAGCAUUUUUGUUUGAUAUUUCUAAAGAAAUUAAACAUAUGUAUGAAACUCCUGUAAUUUUUAUAACUAAAAAAGAUUACUCUGAUAUUUUAUUUAAUGCAAUGUGUACUAUACGUUCUGCACUUCAAACUGAUUCUAAAAAUAAAAUUAUAGAUGUUAUUGUUGAUUACCACUUACAAUGGUUACACGCUGUAAAUGAAUUAGAAAAUUUUAAAAAACGUGUUUAUGAUGUAUCUAGAGAGGAAAUUUAUCAGGCUAUUAGUUAUACGAUAGAUGCUAUGUCGUAUCGAUUAAAAUAUUAUCAAAAGUACAUGCAAAAGAAUCGCUCAAUGCUUUCAAAUUUAGAUCAAGCUAAUGUAAUAGCUGAUUUAGAAAUAAUAGAAGAUAUGCACAAAGAAGUUACUGUCCAUUUAUUGGAAAAAUUGAGGUGUUUCAGAAACUAUAUUAGUAAUGACGAAUUUGUAUUGAAAGUAAAUGAGGCUGUUGAUGAACUUUUACAAUGGUUAGAUAAAAUUAAUGACGGGGUAUCUAUACAAUUAACAGCAUAUAUAAAUAUGAAUGUGCCGCAUUUAACUGGCGAUUUAACAAAAACUUUACAGCAAAUCGUUGAGGACCUUCAUAGUUCUGAUACCCCAUCAGGUCAUAAAAUGUUAGAAGAGCUAAAAAAUAAAGGCAAAGAAUUGAGGACAAUGAUACGUUCAACUGCUGGACACAGUCUUGAAAUAAGCAAAGUGGUAGAAAAGAUUAAUAUUUUAGAAGAGCGUAUAAAGCGUUUAGAAGGUGAAAAGACUUCGGCUGCAGUUAUGGCCUUAAAACAUAAGAAAGAAUAUUUGGAAAAAAGACUUGAUUCCUUAGAAAAUUUGAAGACAACAUUGAAAAAUAUUCAUAAUAUGGUUGAUUUUAAAUUAGAUGUUUCCGAAGAAGACCUGUGCACGUGUGAAGAUUUUUAUCAGCUAAGAAUAUUUAAUCAUUUUCUUCCUCCAGAAGAACGAGAACGUUUGGUAACAGAACUAUGUUAUUUAUGGGAUUUAGCAGUGUUUGGGGAUUGUAGCCACAAAUCUAUAAUUUCUAUACUUAGUGCUGCCGAUAUUAAGGAAGAGUAUACUGAUGAUCUUGGCACUUAUUACAUAGAUGAACAUAGUAGAAAAAUAUAUAAAAUCCCUGACGAUGUUACCCUUUACCAACCAAAUGAACACAAUGAGUUAGUUCCUUUGACAGACGAUAGCGAGCAUAUUUAUUUUUAUGACGAGUGUGGUCGUUAUUAUGUCGAUGCGAAAAGUAGGCAGAGAGUUUAUAAAGCUCACGCUACAGCUAGUGAAUUUAUGAUGGACUCUUCAGGUAUUCUUUUAAAAAUAAAAGAAGAGCGAGAUGGUGUGGUUUACUACUACGAUAACUGUGGACGUUACUACAUAAAUAAUGAAGGUAAACAUAUUUAUCGAGAAGAAAAUGCUUUAAGUGAAUAUGAAAGUGACGGUCUAGGUAAUUUAGUUCGUAUUCGAAGUCACCUGGAUAUAUUUCAACCAUGUCCAGAUGAUGUUCAUGUGACUGAAGAUUUUAAAUAUUUAAAACAAUCAGUUGGACCUGCUUUGCGUAAAUGUAUAGCUGAUGUUAUUAUCUAUCAGCCUGCUGAUCCUAUUAAAUAUUUAUCGCUUCUAUUAAUAAAAUUCAAAGAAAAUAUAGAACUGAAAGAAAAACGAUCCAGAGAAAAAGAGGAAUUUAAUAUUGAAAGAGAAAUUAAAUCUGCUGAAGAACGUGCAGCAGCUGAGAGAGCUGCUAUGGAAGCUGUAUUACUUACUCAAGGUGGAAGUGAAACAAGCUAUGACUCAAAUUUUUUGAAAUAUACAUCUAUGCAUCAAGAUGAUGCGUUAUCAGCAGGAGUUAGCUCAAAAAAAUAG